CCGUGUCUCCGGCGGUGUCCUGCGCGUCGCGCUUUCUUCUCUUUGGGAAAUAUUUCACCUUUACGCACCAAACUGCGCUUUAAAGAGCGGUGCCGCAUCUGAUAGCAUCCUCGGAUACACGCACCUGUUUCAGAGGUAAACUGAGUCUCAUGGCAUACCUGUCCAUGUCUCCUCUACCGGGGCCGGUUGAAUGAUAAUCUGAUCUGGACGUUACACCUGCGGUAUAAAACCAGUGGACCACUUUAUCCAACAUGCCACCCAAGAAAAAGGGAGAGCGUCAGGACUCAGACGUCGUCGAGGAAAGAAACGCCCAGGUGCAGCUGGAGAAGGCCAAGUACAAACCUGUGGCAUUCGCAGUACGUUGCAACUUCUCCUACACCCCAGCAGACGACGACAACGUUCCCGUACCGGGCCAGGCUGUCACCUUUGAGGCCAGAGACUUCCUCCAUGUCAAAGAGAAGUUUAACAAUGAGUGGUGGAUCGGCCGGCCGGUGAAGGAGGAUGGUGUGGUGGGCUUCAUCCCCAGUCCAGUCAAUCUGGAAACCAUUCUCAUCAGAAGAGAAGUCCAGGCGAGGAAAGCUGCCAAGGCCUUAGCCAACAAAGCAGCGGCUCAAGUAGCUCAAGAUAUGAACUCAAAGAAAUAUACUCCUCCAUCACAAGCCAAUCAGCAGGUGAAAAAGAAACCGGGGGAGCAGGUGGCUAUGUAUGAUGUAGUGCCUACAAUGCGUCCUGUGGUUCUAAUGGGACCAUCACUGAAGGGCUUAGAGGUUACAGAUAUGAUGCAAAAAGCACUAUUUGACUUUUUAAAACAUCGAUUUGAAGGCAGAAUUACCAUUACACGGGUCACAGCAGACAUCUCUUUGGCUAAACGGUCCAUCCUCAACAACCCUGGCAAAAAGGCCUUAAUGGACCGGUCAAACACACGCUCCAAUUUAGCCCAGAUCCAGGGGGAGGUGGAGCGAAUCUUUGAGCUUGCCCGCAGCCUGCAGCUGGUGGUUCUAGAUGCAGACACAAUCAACCACCCUCUCCAGGUGUCCAAGACCUCCCUGGCGCCAAUCCUUGUCUAUGUCAAGAUCUCCUCACCAAAGGUGUUGACGCGACUGAUCAAGACGAGAGGAAAGUCACAGACCAAGCAUCUCAAUGUUCAGCUGGUGGCAGCAGACAAGCUCGCCCAAUGCCCACCGGAAAUGUUUGACGUCAUCUUAGAUGAGAACCAGCUUACUGAUGCCUGUGAGCACGUCGCUGAUUAUCUGGAGUCUUACUGGAGAGCCACUCAUCCACCAGAGAUGGAGCCUGCCAACGCACUGGUGGCCCAGCUGGCUGGGAACACACUGCCCACCAGUCCUUCAGCAAUACCGGAUGGGCAGAAAAACAAGAAGACAGCCGCCCCCAAGAGGAAGGGUUCCCGGGAAAACCAUCUCGACCUGGAGCCCCCUUCAGUACAGGCACAGGAGCAGAGGGCUGAGGAGGGCCAAAGAGAGGAGGAAGAACGACUUCUGAGGACUGAACCAAAGAGACCCCAGCACACCCACCACCAUCACCAUCACCACCACCACCACCGUCGGAUGGAGCACCACAGCCACACCCAGCACAACCAAACAUCCGGAGGCAUGGAAGUACAGCCGAGCAGGGAUUACAGCCAGAGGCUUCCCCGCAGGCACCCGCCUGAGGAGAGGGAGGAGGAGGUGGAGGAUGUGGUCGAGGAGGACGAGGACGAGACUCGCUAUAACCACCGAGGCCAUAACCACCACCAUCAUAACAGCAACCACCACCAUCACCACCACCACCACCAACAACAUCACCACCGUGGGAACAGCCAGCCACAUGUUGCGGCAGACUAUGAGCAGGAGCACAAUGAACGCAACCGGCAGCACAGGCAUCACCAGCAUAUUCCACAGCGGACACACCACACAGAUCACUAUCCUGCGCACAAUCAUCACAACUACCACCACUACCAUGGCAGAGACAGGGACAGGGACAGAGAUAGGGAAAGACACAAGGACAGGGAAAGAGACAGGGAUAGGGACAGAGGUAGAGAUAGAGACAGAGAUAGAGACAGAGACAGAGACAGAGAUGCACGACAAUGGCACAGGGAUUCCUAUAUACAUUCGUGACUGCUGUUUCUUCUGUGGGCUGGUGCAUGGUUUUAUGCUGCUCAAGUUAUAAUGCACUAAUGGAGGGCAGGGUGUGUCAUCUUUGUAGACAAUGUUUUCCUCAUAUUAUUUACCAUUUUUUAUUUUUACCCUCUGCACACACUUUGUCCUUUUACCAGAAUCAAUAUUAUGACUUGGUUUUUGUCUGUCUUAUUUUCACCUAAUUAAUAUGGCUCUAUCUGAGUGUAUUUUUGCACAGACAUUAAAAGCAAUGGUGUGUUCGUUCAGUAUGGGUUGUAAACCUUUUGGUUUUGUAUUGGUCAUGCGAAUCAUACCGAAGCCAGUUUUAUGUUAUCCAUUAUCUCAAGAUCAGUUUAUUACUACUUUACUCUUCUUAUCUAGAGUCUGUUUCUGUGCUUAAUGAUA